AUGUCUGACCUUCUCGACUCCACCAGCAAGGUCAAUGCCGUCUGUCUCGAUCUUCUUCUCCAAGAAGUGAUCCCCACAUCUGUCCGGGUCUCGAGCCGUCUUUCCGACUCUUCUGCCGCACCCGAACAAAACACAACCAUCACCACGCCGCUUUCGUCUGUUCCCAACGACUUGCCCGGCUCUGUUGCUGUCUUUUCCGCAGAAAACCUUGCCUCUGACGAUGUGGCCUUGCGCAUAGACGCCAUUGGCUUUUCCUUGGGCUUGCGCCUCACGGAAGUGCUCAUGUACAAGGCGCCCACGCAAACCAAAGCGGAUGACAUUUUGGACAUCAUGAAGUUCGUGUGCCGCGAUGUCUGGCGCUGCUUGUACGGCAAGCAGAUGGACAAUCUUCGGACAAACCACAGGGGCACCUUUGUGCUUGUGGACAAUAACCAUCGCCUUGUUGCUCGUCUUCUGAGUGCUGCUGGAACACUGGAUACAAACGCCAAGGCCAAUGUGUUCCUCUGGUUUCCGUGUGGGAUCAUCCGCGGCAUUCUUCUGAGCUUUGGCAUUUCCGCCUACAUCACAGCGGAAUGUCUGCAACUUCCGGCGGUGACGUUCAACAUACAGACUUCUAUCAACAACUAG